AGAUGAAUAUCUGGGUCAUGGUGGAAGAACGGAGGUACAAACAGAAUGCCGACCGCUGAGGGACACGAGCGCAUCGUCCAUGUAGCCGCCCAGGAGAAAUUAUCUCAGUUCGACACGUAGCACCAUCCUUGCUCGAAGAGGCAUUCGGUGGAAUCGUGAACAUUCAACUACCUAAGAGAACGAGCGAUUCUUCGAGAGAUGGGUCCGGAAACGGCAAGCCGGUGGCUGCUCUGCGCGACGCUUAUGGUCGCCCUGUGUCAAGGCCAGGAGGACUGGAUGCAGUGCCCGUCGGUUUGCAAGUGCAAAUGGGUGUCCGGCAAGAAGACCGCCGAUUGCGUCAAGCAGAAUCUGAAAGAAGUGCCGAGAGAUAUCUCGCCUCAGAUACAAAAUCUUGAUAUGACCGGCAACAACAUCAUCCAUCUUACGCAUAACGAGUUUAUGCACGCAAGGCUAGAUAAUUUGCACAAAGUGGUGCUGCGCGACUGCAAACUGGAAACCAUUCACACGGCCGCUUUCAACGGUCUGAAGAUCGUUAUCGAGAUCGAUCUGUCGAGCAAUAACAUUCACAGUUUGCAACCGGGCACCUUUUCAGAAACGCAACGGUUGCGGGUGGUGUUGCUCAAUCAGAAUCGAUUGAAGGUGCUGGAAGAUAAUCUGUUUGUCAAUCUCGUUUUUCUGCAGAAGGUGCUGCUGUCGGACAACAGAUUGGAGUAUAUUGGAGAGAAAACUUUUCAAAAUCUCCCGGCUUUGCAAUCUCUCACAUUGAGCGGGAAUAAUUUCAGCACCUUGCAACUUCAGAGCUUCGAGAGUUUGCCCAAGAUCAGCAGCCUCGAGCUCCAAAAUAAUCCGUGGAAUUGCGACUGCGAGCUGAAGAAUUUUCGCGACUGGUCGAUCAAACGCAAAUUGUACACAAAGCCGACCACUUGUCAGGAACCGCCCGCCAUGGCCGGCAAGAUGUGGGAUGAGGUUAGCAGUGACGAGUUCGCGUGUCGGCCGAAGAUUAUCUUCAUCGGUCCGGCGACCAAAAUCGAGAUGGGCAAAGGAGACGUGACUCUCUCGUGCAAGGCGUCGGGUGUCCCACAACCUCAGUUGACGUGGGUGCAUCGUAAAAGCGUGUUGAAGAAGGAUAGCAAACGUCAGAACAGCGAUAGAAACUACAUAUUCACCUCAAGCCCGGAAUCGGACUGGCUGAAUCUCACAAUUGUCGAUGUAAUCCCGUCCGACAAAGGAGAUUAUAUGUGUUCUGCCAAAAGCCCGGGCGGCAUCACCGAGAAGAACGUGACCCUGAUCAUUUUGGGCGACGUAGGCAGGAAUACCGUCAUGAGCCUGCCGCUUAUGAUUGGACUCGUCGUUACCGCGUUGUGUCUGUUCAUAGUCGCGGUUGCGCUCUGCUUGUGCUACUGUCGGCGUCAUCGAACCAGGCACGACGAGAAGGGCCUCGAGGCGGUGUCUCUGGAGCAUCACGGUCUUGGCGAACAGGAGAAAUCGCUCAUCACUACCAUUAAUCCGGUUGUGAAGCCGCCAAGACGUUACGAGGCGCCGUCGGUUACGUCGCACGGCACGGAGAUGACGGAACUGAACCGCACGCUGUUAGACAACGAUUCGGUUUUCGCUGACGGUGUCGGGAGCGGCGUCGUCGGCGGGGUAAGCGGCGGCGUAGGCGACGACGACAGGGAUCACGAACGAGCCACGCCGGAACUCGACAGGAGCGGCGGCGGCGGUGGCGGUGGUAGUGGUACUCUACCGCGUGGCGGAAAUGCCGGUUACCAUCACCGGCAAUAUCCGCCGGAUCUGUUGGCCUUCUCCGGCGGUCGCGGCGCAUCGCCGACCAGCCAGGCGUCUACGUUGCCCGACAACACGCGUAUACCAAACCAGCAGGCGAUGACACCAGCGGCAACAACAACGGCGGCGGCAGCGUCAUCGUACGGUUCGCCGCCGCCUGGCCAGUACCAUCCGGCUGCUUUCAAGACGCUACCGCACAGUCGCAGCGUGACGCCUUUUGGUAUGGGACCGUCGUCGUCACCGUUGGCGCCGGUGUUACCGCGUCACGGUUACGUGACAAUUCCGCGACGACCUCGAGCGCCCAGUUGGAGCAGCGGUCCACCGACGUCGCCCACUGAAAUUCUCGAUCCGGUUUACGACAAUCUGGGUCUUCGCACCACGGCGGAUGGCAGUUCGAAGCUCUCGUUGAACAAGACCUUGGAAUCGGUGUCCUCAUCCAUGCGUGGUCGACCGCUCCCGAGCACGCCAGGAGCCUCGCAUUACGGCACCAUUCAACGUAGCACGCCGAAUAUUCUGGCCGGCAGUCCGCUGGAUCGAGCCGCGCCAGAAGGCGCGGCCGAGUGGCCGAUCAAACUGUCGGACGAGAGCGCGGAGGGUGAUUAUCCGUUGUUGGCGCAGCAGUCUCAGCAACAAGCCGCUGCCAGCAAUACUCUUAACAGAAAGGUACCGCCAAGGCCGCCGCCGAAACCCAAGAAGAAAUCAGCCAACGGACCGACGUUGUAUGAGGACGAGGGUGAGGACGGCACGGAAGUAUGAUACCACGGACAUCGUCCGCCGCGAUGAGGACGACUGAUCGUAGUACACCACGACGGGGUGCACACGACCACACACACAAUAAACCGGUAGUGCCUUUCGAGACGCUCGUCUCACGCGCGUGGAAUUUUUAUUCUGCCCGGUGAGUCGCGAUCGUCCGGAGAAUAAAAAAUUAUAGCGCGCGGAGAAAUUUCACAGAAGAGACAUCCUCUCCCUCUCUUCGCGACAAGACGAACAAACAAUGUACGCACGGCUCGCCGAAAUACAACUGAGAAGGCGAUCGGACAAUCGCAUCAUCUAUUCCCUUUUCGUAUCUUUUGUUUGUUUUUUUUUUUUUUUUUUUUUUAAGUUAUUUAUUGAACCCUCUUGUACCUAGAGACGUUCGGAAAUCCUAAUGGAAUCGUAAUUCGCAUGAAAUAUCUUCUAGACAGUCUAACUGCUAUCGGACGUAAUUUUUUUUUUUUUUUUUUUUUUCUGUCCUUUGUCUCUCUCCUACGUAUCUCAUUCUCCUUUUUUUUUUUGGUUUUUUGUUUGUUUGUUUUUUUCUUUUUAGGAGGAAGGGUUCCUUUAGCGUUUUUAUUUUGACGCUCGCCACGCGCGGUGAGGCGAUAACGUGAUAAAUGUGUGAAUAAGGUUACGGACAUUGUUGCCGUUUUAGUCGAUAAGGCGAAACCUGUUUGCGUUUAGAGUGUGGAAUUCACGCGACGAAAUACAAAGCAACUUGCAAGUGCUGAACGCAGAUCCGUUCCGUUCGGAGAGUCGACGUCAGUGAAUUCGACCGCUGCUCGCUCGUGUAUCGGCGAUGGAAACUUGCAAUCGUCACGAUACCAACUCACGUGUUAUAAACGUGAAAGUUGUUGCAGAGCUCAGAAUGAACAACGUUUUUUUUUUUUUUUUGCACAUACGUGUUACAUUUAUGCGAGAAGAAAAACGUAACGAGAGAAUUUAACACUGUUAAGAAUCUAUAUAUAUAGCUGUUACUCGUCAUUCCCCUUUGUCGCGUUUUUUUUUUUCUUUUUUAAUGUGAAGAGAGUUUCGAGAUGCCCGUAAUAAUGAGAAUUGUAGCAAAACUCGUUGCAUCCGCACACACGCGACACGAACUCUCGUGAUUGCGUCGAAUGAUGUAAAAACAACACGUGUGUCCUUUCUUCUUUUGUAAGAACAAAAGUUAGACCAAGUCUAAAAAAAAAAACUUAGAAAAUAUAUUUCGUGCUUCGUUACCGAUACUUGUCCAUGUUUCAAAAUGGCUAAAAAACAUUAUUUCCGAUGACUCCAAUAGCGGAAGUGAUUUUUGACGAAAAGAAUUAUGCCGCCGAUAAAUAUCGUACGCACUAUAAUGUGGUACGAAAUAUGAUACGCAACAACACGGUGCCACCUUGUAUUUACGUUAAACGGAUAUAUCUAUCACAGGCGUGUAAUAAAUUUAAAAAGUAGAUACAUAAGUAUUGAAAUUUCAAAUACGUGUUUGAAUACGUAAGAAGAAAUAUAUUAUACAAAGAUACGAUAUAAGAUGGUGUGUGUACAGCCAAGAAAUCAAUGUAAGCAACGCGUUCGCGCGUUUAUUUUCGCCGUUGUGGCGUAUGAAAAUAUCGUGACCUUUUUUGAAAUUCGUAAUAAUCGAUUACCGUCUGAAAUGACUGAGCGGUCGGAAUAACAAACGUAUUUUGGAAACGCGGCCAAUUUGGCAACGCUACCCAAUUGGAUUCUACUACCACCACCACCACCAUGCUUGCGUGGAUAACACCAAAAAUGACCGGUUUAACGUAUAUAUUACUACUCCCCUAUCGACCCAAAUUUACUUCGGGAAAUUAAUUGAACGUUACGCGCGAUGCGUUCCAAUUAAGCAACAAUUACGAGUUCGAUUGUUAUCAAUUCCAGAAUCGCGCGUAAUAUCCGGGAAAAGUGCGCGAAAAAUUAUCGACCCGCCCCCCCGC